GUACAAAAUUGUCAUGCAAAAGCCCAGGACAGUGUGCCACUCAGUCCUCAAAGAGAAAGAUAAGAAAUCCUGGAUUUUCAAAGUCCCUUUGAAGGCUUUUAAGCCUGAUUAAUAUUUCUAAAGGAAAUGAAGAUAAUUAUAUAUUUUUGCAUUUGGACAGUAGCAUGGGCCAUUCCAGUUCCUCAAAUCAAGCCAUUGGAGAGACAUGCUGUUGACAAAUCUGUGAAUUUAAAUCUUCUAGCAGAAUUGAAAGUGCCGAUACAGGAUGAGUUAAAUGCCAAUGAUACCACCAAAGAAAGUGGUGUCCUCCUGCAUGAAAAUGAAAGAGGAAGGCAACAGUACACCAAAGAUGAGUACAAAGGAGAGAGAAAUGGUUCUGAGGGGGCAGAAGUGGGAGAGAAAAGUUCUUCUGCACGUUCCAUGUUAGCAAAUGAAGAGGGGAAUACUGAGGAUCUGAAUGGGGGCACAGGAAAACCAGAAACAUAUGGUCAUGAUGGGCUCCAUCAAGAAGACAGCACCACAGCAAAUGGUGUCAGGGGACAAGUAAGCAUCAUCGACAGUGCUAGAACAGCAAAUGGGAGCAAUAUUAAUGGGAUUACUGGGAACAAUUCCCAAAAUGGGGGUGUUGGAAAUGCAAGUCAGAGUGAAGAUGCCACUGUUGUCCAAGAAGAUGGACAUCAAGGAGCUGGAAGCAAUAAUGGCACAGGUCACAAGGAUGAAAUAAGUGGGAAUUUCUGUAGAAAUGGGGGUGAUACAAGUGAAGAAACACCUCAGAGAGAAGGCGAGAGCAACGGGAAUGAGGAGACAGGGGUAACACCAGGGGAAAGUGGAGAUAGCAAUAGAGAAGAUGUCGCCUUGGACAAUUCUGAUGGAAGUCCUAGUGGGAAUGGAGCAGAUGAAAAUGAAGACAAGGGCUCUGGUGAUGAUGAAGGUGAAGAGACAGGGAAUGGAGAAAAAGGCCCUGAUAACAGCAAGGGCCAAGAGGGUCAACCUCAUGAAACAGAAGGUGACGAUGACAAUAGCUUAGGUCAAAGUUCACUUAGUGGUGAAGCUGAUGACCCUGCGGACAAAGAAGACACCCACGCCACUGAUGGAAAUAACACCUCCAAGAGUGAGGACGAUUUUGACGGUAUUUCAGGAGACGAUGGUAGCCAAAAAAUAGAGGACACUCAAAAACACAAUCACAGAGAAAGCAAAGCUGUGGAAAAUGGAAUCACUGAAAAAUUAGAGCCACCUGCUAUUGGGAAGAACCAAGUUAAGGGAAUAGAAAUGGAAUGUCCCAGCAGUGGCAACAGAAACAAUAUUACCAAAGAAGCUGGGAAAAUGAAUGAAGAUAAAGAGAGUAAAGGCCAACAUGGAAUGAUUGUGGGCAAAGGAAAUGUCAAGGCACAAGAAGAGGUUGACGUCAUGCAGGGACCUGGCCAGAAAUUAGAACCUCAAGAUAAGUUUGGACCCAGCAAAACACGUAGUGACAGUAACAGUGAUGGCUAUGACAGUUAUGAGUUUGGUGAUGAAUCCGUGCAAGGAGAUGAUCCCAACAGCAGUGAUGAGUCUAAUGGCAGUGAUGAUACCAAUUCUGAAGGUGACAACAACCACAGUAGCCGAGGAGAUGCUUCUUAUAACUCUGAUGAAUCAAGUGAUAAUGGCAAUGACAGUGACUCAAAAGGAGGAGAAGAAGGUGAUAGUGAUAACACAUCAGAUGCUAAUGAUAGUGGUGGUGAUGGCAAUGGUGACAUGGGGAGUGAUAAGAAUGGAAAAUCAGGCAGCACCAAAGAUAACUCAGAUAGCAGUGACAGCAGCGACAGUAGUGACAGCAGUGACAGCAGUGACAGUAGUGACAGUAGUGACAGCAGUGACAGCAGCAACAGUAGUGAAAGCAGUGACAGCAGUGACAGUAGUGACAGUAGUAGUGGCAGCAAGUCUGACAGCAGUGACAGCAGCGACAAUAGUGAUAGCAGUGACAGUAGCAACAGUAGUGACAGCAAAUCAGACAGCAGUGACAGCAGCAAUAGCAUCAACAGUAGUGAAAGCAGUGACAGCAGUGACAGCAGUGACAGUAGUGACAGUAGUGACAGCAGUGACAGUAGUGACAGCAGUGACAGCAGCAACAGUAGUGAUAGCAGUGACAGCAGUGACAGUAGUGACAGCAGCAACAGUAGUGAMAGCAGUGACAGCAGUGACAGCAGCAACAGUAGUGAAAGCAGUGACAGCAGUGACAGCAGUGACAGUAGUAGUAGCAGCAAGUCUGACAGCAGUGACAGUAGCAACAGUAGUGACAGCAAAUCAGACAGCAGUGACAGUAGUGAAAGCAGUGACAGCAGUGACAGUAGUGACAGCAGUGACAGUGGUGACAGCAAAUCAGACAGCAGUGACAGUAGUGACAGCAGUGAAAGUGACAGUAAAUCAGACAGUGACAGUAGUAACAGCAGUGACAGCAAGUCAGACAGCAGCAACAGUAGUGACAGCAGUGACAGUAGUGACAGCAAAUCAGACAGUAGUGACAGCAGUGACAGCAAAUCAGAUAGUAGUGAUAGCAGUGACAGUAGUGACAGUGACAGCAGUGAUAGUGACAGCAGCGACAGUGACAGCAGUGAUAGUGACAGGAGUGACAGCAACAGCAGUGACAGCAACAGCAGUGAUAGUGACAGCAGUGACAGUGCAUCUGACAGUGGUGAUGAGAGUGACAGCAAGAGCAAGUCUGGUAAGGGCGACAACAAUGGAGGUGGUGGUGACAGUGAUAGUGACAGUAAAGGCAGUGACAGUAAUCACUCAACCAGUGACGAUUAGAACUAAAGAAAACUCCACCAGAUUCCUUUUGUGAACAAUCUGGUGAGUAAUUGAUAGGAAAUAAAGAUUUCUAAGAAGGUAAACAAAGGGGAGAAAUAAAAGAGAAGACAUAUGUAAACAACAACAGAAACAACAAGAAAAUAGUCAAAUUGUCAGAUUCAGAACCACGUCUGAACACCCUCAGAGAGAGAAUCUGUGUACCCGCGUGUUAAAUAUAUUCAGAAAAGAUUUUGUUAAAAGUGUAAAUGUAAACAUAGAAGAAUGAUUAAAAUAUUCUUUAGUAUUUUACACAGAAACCUCAAGUAAUCACAUACUAAAUAACUUCAAUUUAAAUGCCAAGUGCUUUAGAGAAUGUAGCAAGUAAACACAUCUUAAUGCCUUAAUCUUUCAGUAAUUAUAUAUUCUGGAUAGAUGGUCUGCUUACCUCUGAGUAAAAGAUGCUGUUACCAUGAUCUCCAGCUUGGCUACAAUUCAUCUGCUUGUUCUAAGGAAGAAAUACACUUGCAACAUGAAAAACAAAAUCACAGCAACGAUUUAACCUACCUGGACCAUGGGAAUAAUCUUUGUAAUUAGUGAAUAGAGUAAUUACAAAUUAUGGAAAUUCUAAAGAGUGCUAAGCAGGAAAGAAUUCAGAGGCUGGUUUAAACAAAACCUCACGUAUAGUAUCACAUGCCUGCAAAGUGCUGGAAAUGGAGCAUAACGUACCCAAAACUACUGACAAAACUGAGGCAGUGCUUAGAACGUGCUCCAACUAUUAAUAAAUAAACUCAUGAAUGAAGUGCUCCUGGAGGGGAUGCACUUUUUGAACUCUCUGUUCAGACGUCUGCUAAGUGGAAUCAGUUAUUUGUCUUCCACCUCAGUCUCACCAAGCCAAACUUGGUUCACAUUUGCCUUUAAACCCCUACAAACCAAAAAUUCCAAAUCAGACUCUGAGACUUCCUUCUUAUUUUAAUCUCUUUAGUAAAGCCCACAGCUGCUUUGGAAACUACUCUUUUUUAUCUGAGAGUCAUACAUGCUGCUAAAAUCUGAACGUGGGUUCUUCAGAUUUUGCACGAAUGAGGGUACGCCUUAGUUCUGAGAUGAAGCCCUAACCCUAGAACAUGAGGAUCUUAAAGGUGUAUGAAACUAGAGCGUGAUAUUUAAUAAGGUGGAUAAUCAUUUAUCCCCAAACUAGGAUACCCUUGAGAAUGAAAGGGCUGCUAUGAAUAAUUACCCGGGGACUGGAGGUGUAAAUUUGGCUUAUCUGGGACUCUGGGAGAUAUAAUGACCAUAAGCAUAAGCCUUUAGGGUAUUAUUCAAGAUUUAGUGAGUGAUGAUUUGUGAUAUCUCUCUUCCACUUAGGUAAUUAUUUUAGAUUUGUUCUAAUUCAAAGGUAAAAUUCUAUACGGCGAAGUGUUGAAUGCAACUUCUUUAAUGUUAAUUUUCAGCCAGUCAUUAGCUGACUGGUUGAAAAUUUUAUGCUCUAUUAGAGGGCAUAUUUUACACAGAGUUUCAGUAGCUUUUUUUUUUCCUGCCUCCUUCCUCCUUUAUGCAUGAGUUUCUUAGUUAAGAGAUCAAUAUUGCAAGUAAUAUUGCUGAAGGCUUUCAAAAUACUGCCAUUUAUAAACUACUUGGUAACUCCUAAUACUGUAAAAUUUCAAGUUUCUACUAUAUCAUAAUCAUGUACAUGACUCCAAACUUCUUUCCUUAAACUGUGCUCUAGAGUUUUAACUCCUUUAGCCCUUUUGUCUUUUUCCAAUUUGUAAAUUGUGGCUUCUAGUAACUGUCCUACCUAUUUCAAAAGGUUGUUAUGAGCUCUAAGUCAGGCAAUGGAUAUGAAACUCUUUGUAAAUUAUAUAAUAUAUGUAAAUGAAAGAGAUAAUGAAUUUUGGUGCUAUAAUAAACAUCUAUUUCUAGGACUGUUCACAAGGGAAACUCCCUUCAUCUUAAUGAGUUUGUGAGUACUUACUUCCUCCAACAUAUUUUUUUUAAUUAGUUUUUUUUUUUUUUUUUUGGUCCAUGCUGUGCAGCAUGUGGGAUCUUAGUUCCAUGACCCUGGCAGUGAAAGCACUGA